GGGCAGUUCCGGUGUGCGUGUUGUGGGAGCCGCUGGAGCUCUGAGGACCUCCUGAGAGCGUCGCUACGGGCCCCUCGGCUGGUGGGCACUGGACGGUACUCUAGCAGACUCAGGAGCCUGAGACGCCCAGCUGUUGCUGUCUCUACCACCCCCCUCCAGUGACCAGCCCAGGGUAUGUGAUUUCUUCCUGAUUCCUGCUUGAACUCAGCUUCAGCUUCCACAGGUCCCUGGCGUGCCUUAGUGGCAAAAGCAGACAGUCAUGCCUGUGGAAACCCUGCCCACAGCGGGCAGCCUGAAGGAGGUAGCACCUGGAGCACCCUGUGCCUCCAGCAUGCCCUUCCGCAUCCUUACCAAGGGGCCUGGCUACUUCCGACGCCAGGGUGAAGGCAACGUCCGGAAACCCAGUGCUGUGGAGAGGCUGGAGGCGGACAAGGCCAAAUAUGUGAAGAGCUUGCGGGUGGCCAGCACCCGCCAAGAGCCUAUAAAGCCUCUACUCUUGAAGCAACCCCUCUUUAGCCCAGGGGUUCGUAGAGCAAUGUUGACACCCAAUCGCCGGUCCCCAGGUGUGGGCAGCCGCCGGGCAGAGGCUUGUGGAGCUCGGGCCUCCCUCAACAUGGAUGUCCUCAGCAAUCUCAUUAACUUGUGUGACAGCCCUGCACCCCUACCUGAUGGCCCUCCUCCAGAACGCAAGUGGAAGGCAGGGCCCUCACCUGGCCUCAGUCGGAUGUCCCUGGGAGAUGGGAAGCGGAUGAGCCCUGCUACUGAGGGUUCCCUGUCUACCCCUCUUAGACCCCCCAGCAUAGCGGCAGUGCGCAGGGUGGAUGUCCGGCCCACUGGGGAGCCCCAAAUCCGGGCCAUACCCAGCUCACCUGCCAGUCCUUGCUCUAAUCUGGGAACCUCACCAGGCCCCAGUCCCCAAGAGGGCCCUCGACGUCUUACCCACCUGCACCGCUCCAAGUCAGACCUGAGUGACCGCUUCUCCAGGGCCACAGCUGACCUAGAACGCUUCUUUAACUACUGUGGCUUGGACCCAGAGGAAGCCCGCGGCCUGGGUGUGGAGCACUUCGCCAGGGCCAGCUCGGACAUAGUCUCGGUUAAAUUCCACAGUGUCAGCACCAGCAGCUCAGAGGGCACUCGCUCCCAGCAGAGUGAGGCCACAGCCGAGGACAGGGCCAGAGAGCGAACCCCUUAUGGUGUCUCAGUCAUUGAACGAAAUGCCCGUGUCAUUAAGUGGCUGUAUGGGCUGCGGCAGGCUCGUGAGGCAGCUCAGAGAGGCUCCAAUGUUUAAAUGCCCCUGGCUUUGUGCUCCUGAGGUGAAGGGAUGCCCUGGGUCCCCUCUUGGGAGGGACAAAAUGGCCUCGUGGAUACCCACAGUGUGGAGAGGCACUCCCUCCCUAUCAUCCCUGGCUCCAGGGUUAUUGUUGGACAUUUUGAUGGAGAUCCGGCCUAGGAUAGGUGGGCCGGGAACUUCAGGAGAGAUUUCUUGCAUGUCGGGUUCCAUGAGGCUAAUAUCUUUGAGAUGUGGCUUCCUUAGACCCUUCUCAGUAGACUUGAUGGGAAGCAGACACUUGGACAAAUGUAGAAAGUGGUGGUGGUGUUGGUGGUGUGGGAUUCCCCUCCCUGCAGGGAGGUGGAAGAGGAAGCCAGUAGUGGUUCUGGGGGCAAAGAAAGAGGAACCAAGCUGUGGAAUCCCGGGCCAAUGUGAAGUCCUGUCAAGCUCAUUCUUUUUGUUGGUUGAUAGAACGUUUGAAUGAGAGAGAAAAAGCCAGGGGACGUGUGUGUGUGUGUGUGUGUGUGUGUGUGUGUGUGUGUGUGUGUGUGUGGUGAAAGAGGCGAGAUCCCCUCCCCCUCCCCCUCCCCCUCCCCCAGCCCAACUUGUCCCAGAUCCUUCCAGGGUAUUCUCAGCACAAACUGCUGGGCUGAUGCUCUUAUUGGCAGCUGCCCGUGGGAGGGUGGAAAUUAGGGCAGCCAGCCCUCCUAGCAUGGGAGUAUAUCUGAAGCUUGGGGCACGAGGAUGCCCAUCAGCCUGGCAUCAGAAGGAUAUGGUGCUGAGGCUGGAUAUGACCAGUUUUCCCUGUUCUCUCCUGAUAGCCUCUUUUCCCAUCUCCUCCACCCCUAGUUAGGGCUUAGGGAGCACACCUAGUAUGUGCUAGGGUGCCUGUUCUGAUGUCCCCAGCAUCUUCCCUUGAAGCCACAGAAAAAGAGUGUGUGAAUGUGUGUGUGUCAUUGUGUGUGUGUGUGUGUGUGUAGUGGGGGGGAGGGGAGGACUUUGGGGGGAAAUGGUUCAUAGAUAGACACUCACUACCUUGUUUCUGCUGGGCAGAUUCUCCAAGAAAUUGGACUGUUGGUUUCUCCCUUCCCUUGAGCUCUGGGGACCCAGUUUCACCAUGCUACUAGCUGGACCCCUGUUGUUCUUCUUUGGAGUUUGCUCUUUGUUAAUAAACCUAAGUGGUUUUGCUUUGGAUAAAAAAGUCACAUUCUGAAAA